CGGGGGAGGGGUCCCCCUCGCCCCUGCAGCUGGCGAGCCCAGCCCCAUGUCCCACAGGUGGGACUCGAGGCCCCGGGAGCUUUCGUCACCCAGCGGGAGAGAACUGCCCAGGCAUCCCAGGGGCCCCAGCUGGACAUGGUGCGGGGCCUCCAGGGGGCUCCCGGGGCAGCCGGGCCCGGGAAACGCGGGGUGCCGGGCUGCAGGCCUCCUCCCCACCGCACCUGCCCUUCCCUCUUCCGGUUCCGCUGGCCACUCCCUGGGGCCAGGAGGGCAGGUCCUGAGCGCCACAUGCCAGGGAAGGCCGGCAGCCUGGGCCCCUCCCCACGGCCUACAUGCCUGGCCUCCAUCCCUCUCAUCACCCACACAGCCAGCCCUGGGGUGCAGGCCAGCCGGAGAGAGCGUCACCCCCUCUGACCCACUGAUCAAACCGGGGCCGGGCCCAGGCCACCCAGGCCGUGGUCCAGGGCAGAGAUGAGCAUCUCCGGGCUGCUCGGGUGCCCGCUGCCGCCCCCCACGGCCCAGCCUCGCACUAACUAGUCCUUUUCUUCCAGGAGCAGGCCCCCGGCCCCGCCUGCCAUGCACAGCAACUGUAGCGUCCACUUCGUCAAGGGCGCCGGGACCGGAGCCACCGCCGAGCGCUACUUCUUGGAUCCCGAGCUAGGGCGCCAGAGAGGAUGCUGCCACCAGCGGCGCCAGGACCCAGCGGCCUCCCGAGCCCGUGGGCCCUGUCGGCCACCCCCCCAGCCACACUGGCGGCUGGCCUGCCAAAGCCCCCAGAGCGGCGGCAGCGGUGGCCGGCGCCGGGGCCCCCAGUCCCCCGUCCUGCAGCAGCGGCGGCAGCCCCAGCCUCCACCUCCCAGCCCCUCGCGCCCACGGCACUGCCCGGUUCACAGGGCCCAGAAGGGGCCACCUGCGACCACCGCUGCCCCCGUGGGACCAGCCACCGCCCCCCAGCAGCCCCCUGCACCCACCGCGGCCCCCGCCAUGGCCAGCAGCGGCCCAGCCCUCCCCUCGGCAGCCGGGGUCCUUCUGGAGCCCAGCGAGCCCACGGACGCCCGGCCGCUGCCCGCCCCGGCAGCCUGCGGCUCCUUCACCUACAGCUCCGACAUCCUGACGGAAGAUGACGCCUACUGCAGCUGCUUGGCCAAGACGCUGUGCCACGUGCCCGUGCCCGUGACCGUGGGCUUCUACGCGCCCUUCGGCUGCCGCCUGCACAUGAUGCUGGACAAGAUCACCAUGCUGAUGCAGCAGGAGGCGGCGCAGCGCGAGGCCGAGGAGCUGCAGCGCGUGCGGUGGCGGCCGCGGGCCGUGGGCGGCUGGGGCUUCCCGCGGCUGCUGUGGUACCUGGUGUUCCUGCAGCCCGUGAUCACCGAGCUGCACCUGCGGCGCAAGAACGUGCAGUUCCUCUUCAUCCGCUUCAGCGCCUGGCAGUACGCGGGCACCGACAAGCUCUGGGCCGGCCUGGUGACCACGCUGUGCGAGGGCAUCCGGCGCCACUACGGCGCGCUGCCCUUCAGCCUGUACUCGGUGCUGGGCAACAAGCCGGCCACGACGCCGGGCCUCUGCCAGCGCGAGUGGCACUGCCGGCGCCGCGUGUGCCUGGCGCUGCUGGCGCUGCUGGCCGCGCUCGGCCUGGGCGUGGGGCUGCUCUACCUGUCGCUGGGCGGCCAGGGCGCGGCGGGCGGCAGCGUGCUCAAGGUGUUCGGCGGCGCGGCCACCACGCUGUCGGGCUCGGGGCUGCUCAUGGCCGUGUACUCGGUGGGCAAGCAUCUGUUCGUGAGCCAGCGCAAGAAGAUCGAGCGGCUGGUGUCUCGCGAGAAGUUCGGCAGCCAGCUGGGCUUCAUGUGCGAGGUGAAGAAGGAGGUGGAGCUGCUCACCGACUUCCUGUGCUUCCUGGAGAUCUACCAGCGGCGCCGCCUGCGCGUGGUGCUCGAAGUCACCGGGCUGGACACGUGCUACCCGGAGCGCGUGGUGGGCGUGCUCAACGCCAUCAACACGCUGCUGUCGGACAGCCACGCGCCCUUCAUCUUCAUCCUGGUCGUGGACCCCAGCAUCCUGGCCGCGUGCCUCGAGAGCGCGGGCAACAUGAAGGGCACGGCCGACAACGGCUACCUCUUCCUCAACCGCACCGUCACGCUGCCCUUCUCGGUGCCCAUCAUGGGCCGCCGCACCAAGCUGCAGUUCCUGCACGACGCGGUGCAGAGCCGCGACGACCUGCUCUACCGCGAGAUCACGCGCAAGCUGCGGCGCCCGGGCGGCGGCGGCGGGGGCGGCGGGGGCGAGGGCGCGCAGCUGCUGGCCGUGGAGACGCAGGCCGGGGCGGAGCGCACGCAGGGCCGCAUCGACGCCGAGGCGGCGCGCCGCAUCCAGGAGGCGCUCUUCUGCCUGCACGACGAGCGGGACUGCCUGUACGAGUACGUGCCGGACAACGUGGUGUACAUGCGGCGCAUCGUCAACACCGUGCCCAUCACCGUGCGCCUGCUGCAGCAGCAGCAGCAGGCCGCGUCCGGCGGCCCCACGCCGCGCCAGGCCGUCGCCUGGGUCGUGCUGGCCAACCAGUGGCCCUGCCGCCUCAGCUGGGUGCUGCAGUGCCUGGAGGACCGGCAGCAGGCGGGCGGCGCGCCCGAGGGCCGCGCGCGCCUCUGGGACGUGUUCCGCGACAACAGCCGCGAGCUGCACACCAUGACCAAGGCGCUGCAGAACGUGCUGGACCUGGACGGCGACCCCGAGCUCUUCGAGCGCUUCCUGGGCGCCGACUUCCCCUUCACCGUGGCCGAGGCGCAGUGCCUGCUGCGCUGCACGGUCAACCUGGACCACUCCAUCCGCCGCCGCAUGGGCCAAAUCCGGGCCGUCAGCGCGCUCAAGCCGGCCAGCCCGCCCAAGUCCCCCGCGCGCGAGCCUCCCCACCGGACCCACAGCGCGGCGGCGGCCGCGGGAAGCCCCAACGAAGCCCACCGCGCCCGGGACGGGGCGCCCGGGGGCAAGCCGAGGCCGGCGGUGGCCUGAGCGCCCUUGGCUCCGGGGAGAAAUCCGGCCCAGGCGGGCGGGGAAGGGGGUGCUCGCCGGCGGCAGGGCCUCCUGGGGACGCCGGCUGUUGGGGACUCGGGGCCCAGUGGCCGGGGGAGGCCCAGGGUGGCCGCAUCCUCCA